UUCAACCCGUUAAUGUAUCUCUAAAUAACAAGCGCGUCGCAGAGAACCUUUCAGAAAAAUAGCAAAUGGAAAGCUUUUCGAUUUUUAUUGGUUUUAAAUAAACCGAUUGUAAUAGCAAAAAAAAAGUGAAAGCGAAAUAUUCAUCACGAAAACACAUAAUUGUUUUUAAUUGUAAUGUAUUAAUGAUAUUCAAAUUAGUUCAUUUGGAGAAAUUUUGAAAUUUGUUGGUUUAUUAUUGAUGCUACCGGUAAUACUACAAAUAAAUACAAAAAGUUUUACACACACGUGCAGCCAACAAUUACUUAAUUACUUACAUAGGCAACCGUCAACAUAUUCGACAAGCACGUUAUUAUUGCAAUAUCACAUGGAUGUGCGUUUAGAUGGGAAUCUAUUGGAAGUAAAUUAAAAUAGAGGAAACGCUUUCUUUCGACGCUGAAACCCACGCUAUGUUUGAUAUUGUUUUGUUUACUGUCAUAGAGCUAGUGUAGUCGACAACGGAAUCAGCCUUCUGCUUUCAUCGAUCUCUCUGUCCCACUUCUCAGAGUGCUCAGUUUCAAAUAAGGUACAAAUAAGUCACAUGCUAUUUAUCUAUGUAAGCCACAACAUAAGUGAUCUUAGAUGGGUAGGACAAGAGAAGUAAACCAUCCCCGAAGAAUUGUUUUCAUUUUAGACCUAAUAGUUGAAUUUAUAGCAGUGCUGUCAGCGAUAGUACUUUGUCAAAAUGUCAACACCGUAUAGCUUCUAAAUAUAUAGAAAGCAAUAAGAUAGUACUCCAGACACUUGAAGCAAACAUCAAAAUUUGUUGGUAGUGAUAUUCAAUAUAUACAUGUGUGAGUUAUUUAAAAACCCGCUUUCAACAAAUAGCACAUUUUAAAUGUGGCUUCCAACGAACAAGACUGCAAAGAAGUGCAUGAACUUCGCUGUAUUUACAGUUCCUAUAAUGGCCUCUAUGGUCAAGCCACCUCAAAACAAAUCGUAAUGGUUCUAUCUGGAUUCUACCCAUAGCUCCUUAGAUCUUAGCUCUAACGUCUUCUAGUGAAAAUCUAGUUAUUUUUACAAUAACCGUUUAGUUUCAGGUUAGUUCAGCGCGCUGGCGAAUCUCUACGAAUUUUCUAUUUAAGGUUGCGCAAAAUAUAUUUUCAGUGAUCGGCACGGAAGAUAAAAUCUUAUAGUAUAGUUUAAGUGUGUUCUAUCUGUCGUUUCACUCACCAAUUCCGCAUCUCAGCUUGGAAGCAAAUAAACAAAACGCGAAUUACCAAAUUUGUUUGGGUUGAUGUUAUUGGCGUCAAUUAGCCUAUUUUUUACUUAAAUUGAGGAAAUUAGAAAUUUGCAGCAACUGGUCUCUGUACAAAUAUGGCCACUUUGGAAGACAAAAUUUUGGGUGGCAAACUGCAUAACUAUUGUAGCAGUAGUGAGGAAAGUGAUAACGAUGAUUCUGGAGAUGAUUUUCAGCCUAAAGCUCCCGUUGAAAAUCCCGGAUCACCUCCGGAAGUAAAUAAAUGGGAGGGAACUUCGAGUAACACUGGUCCCAAGGGUGUUAUUGAGGAUUGGAGGAAAUUCAAACAACUGGAAAACGAAAAAAAAGAGGAAAGUCAAAGAGAGAUGAUUGAAUUGGCAAAGAAGUUGACUAUGACUGUAAGGACAAGUCUGGAAGAAGAAAGGGAAAAAGCAGCCCUGGAAGACCCAGAAUUGGCAGAAUUCUUGAAUGAUGAAUUUUUAUUGACUUACCAGAAGCAGAGAAUGAGAGAAAUGCUGGACCAAACAAAUCAUAAAAUUAAAUUUGGUGAAGUAAAACAUUUAAGAGACGGGGGAGAAUAUUUAAACGCGGUUGACAAAGAGGAGAAAUCUGUGACAAUUAUAAUACACAUUUUUGAUGAAAAUUUAGAGGCUUGCAGAACAAUGAACCAGUGUUUGAAUUAUUUGUGCAAGAUAUAUGACAGCGUUAAAUUUUGCACAAUAGAAGCACAGAUGGCGGGAGUAAGUCGCAGUUUCAAAGUUGAUGGGGUUCCUGCACUUUUGGUGUAUAAAGGGGGCCAUCUAAUUGGCAACUUUGUAAGAUUGUCUGAUGAUUUGGGCAGUGAAUUUCAACCUGAAGAUGUACAGGGCUUUCUCGUAGAACAUGGAUUGCUUGAAGAUAAGAGCUGCACACCUUUGCUUAUAAAAAACUCCACCGCGGAUAGCGAUAGCGAUUAGGUGGUGAAUGUGACUACUUGACUUUUAAAAAUAAUUCCUAAAUGAAGGCCUAAUAUAUACUCCUUGGUGCUAUCUGUGUACAGUGAUACCGUCUAAAAAAGAAAAAGUACUUCAUCCUUUUUUUAAGAGGCUAAAGCAUUUAUUGAUUUUUGUAUUUCCCAGAUCUCUUGAGAAUUCAACAUAAUAUUAAUGAUGCAAUGGUAUUAGUUUAUUGUGUGUUGGUCCCUAAUAGCAAAGUGGGUUGUUUUUUUUUUUUUUUUUUUUCAUAAAUUGUCUCAUAGGGCUACCUAACAUUUUCAGUACUUUCAGAAUUAUGUCUGGUAAAAAAACUGAUUCUAGAGUUUUUGAAGAAAAAAAUAUUUUGAACACAUAUAAAAAAUUAUUUUCAAUUGCUCCAGAAAUCAUUCCUGUGAUGUAAUUUAUGGAUUUAUCUUAUUAAAAUUUAAUUUAGUCUUAACUGAUCGACCAAAGUCAACCUCUAAUAAUUACAACAAAAUGCUGUGUUUUAUAUAUGACUAAAAAUUGUAAUUUGAUAAGAUUUGUACCUAUACCUAUCCAGUAUCUGUGACUUGUAUUCCUAGAAAACACUCUUUAUGUCACAUGGUGCCUUUUAUUUCUCCUAGUUCCUAUUAUUUAUUAAUUUGCGUCGUUUGCUAAUUAGUUUCGCUACGUACUGAUAUCACAAAUUUGAUCUCUUUCUAUUUUGUAAGAACUAAAAAAUAUUGAAAACUAAUGCUUGACAAGCAAAUUUUAUUGCAUGGUAAUAUAACCAAUAACCG